AUGUCACUUUCUCACUAUCCCUCACCUCCGUCUCUCUACUAUCCUUCUCCUCCUACUCUCCAUCUCCUCCUACUCUCCAUCUCCUCCUACUCUCCUCCCACAUCCACCCCUAUUUCCCUUCAUCCUCGUCCCAUCUAUUUCUCUACUCCUUCUCCUCUCCCUCCACUUCCUCCUCUAUCUCAACGUCAAAUAACCCUUCACCUCUCCAACUGCCACUUCCUCACACUUCAUCUUCUCGUCCCUCUCCUCCAUCACAAUCACCUCCUUAACAUCCCACUCCACCUCCACCUCUCCUUACCUCCUCUUUUGCUUACCCCUUCACUCACAUUAACAUUUACUUCUUUCUACGCCUCAUCCCUCACAUCAUCCCCCUUUCUUACAUUCCCCUCCUCCUUUCUUUCCACCUCCUCCUCUUUUCAACUCCCCUUUAUCUCUCUCUUCCCAACUCACCUCCACUUUUCCUCCGUCACUGCCUCCUCAUAUAUCAUCCCCUUCUCGAUUCCCACUUCUCCCUGGUCUCCUUCUCCUUUUCCCUCUUCCCCCUUUUUAUAUUUCAUUUCAUUAUCAACCCAGGACAUGGCGCAUAGAAGUAGUACAUCUAUCUAUCUAUCUAUCUGCCUCAUGAGUGUAUCUAUCUACCUACCUACCUAUCUAUCUAUCUAUCUAUCUAUCUAUCUCAUACUUUUCAUAUCUGUUACUAAUCUAAAUCUGAUCUAUCUAUCUAUCUAUCUAUCUAUCUAUCUAUCUAUCUAUCUCAUACUUUUCAUAUCUGUUACUGAUAUAAAUCUGUUUUAUCUAUCUAUCUAUCUAUCUAUCUAUCUAUCUAUCUAUCUAUCUCAUACUUUUCAUAUCUACACUUCUUCCGUUGUACUUCUCACCUACUCCUUCAAUUUUCUUAAUCUUUCUCUCUUUCGCCCUCUCUCUCUCUCUCUUAAAACAUCCAGUUCUCUUUUCUUGCUAUUUUCAAUAUCUUCUCUCUUCAUCAAGAUACCUCUUUUGUUCUACUUCUCACCACCUACGUCAAUUUUCUUAGUCUUUCUUUCUCUCUCUUUCUCUCGCAUUAAAUUUUUUCGGAAGCAAGAAGCCAGAAGAAAGUUCCUAACGCCAUAA